AUGCGCAGACGAUCCUCUCUGCGAUCCACGAGUCUCGGCCAAGGAAUACGACCUCGGCGUACGCACCGAAGCAAGAGGAAUUCGAGCAAUUCUGCCGCCACAAACAGUACUGUGACGGCGCUACGGUCACAGAGGAGGCUCCUCCUCUUCCUCGUCGAGGAGGUGGCCGGUCGGCCCUUGAAGGUCAGGAGCCGCAAGGCCGCCACUGAUACUCCGCAGGACGAGACCCGCCUGGCCUGGCGGUCGGUCCGAACUUAUGUCACCGCAAUCACGGAUCUUUACCGGACGCAGAAGGCCCUCGGAAUGAAUACGCACCCGUCGCCGCGCGAGGACAACUUUGCCGGGGAGGGCUCGACCCGGUGCAUGCCGCUCAUCUUUACGACACGAGCCGGCAAGCAGAACCAGCACGGCCGCCUCGAGACCGCCGGCGCGUAUCGGAAUAGGAACCCGCUAAUCUGCAUCUUGGGUGGCCUCUCGUUCUACCUCUUGUAUCGUUGGGAUCUCGGUAGUGAGCCGUUUCGAUUUCAGCAGGCGGUCCUCGUGCGCGAGUGGGUUGUCAAGGCCUUCGCCUACGCCGGCGUCACGUCGCAGAAGAAGACGCAUGUCGGCCGCAGCUCGGGGGCGAGGACGGCUGAACUAAAGGGGAUUAGCGAAGACCAGAUCCGUCGCGCGGGUCGUUGGAACCAGGAGCAGAUGGUCGGCUGUUACCUGAACUCGUUGCCUCGCAAGUUCAUGCGUACGAUGGCCGGGCACCCGCCGCAGGCCGGAUGCUUCGAGAUACGCCGUGCCGGCGUGACGCCGCCGGAGGUCCUGCUCUCGAUGAUCUGGCCCGAGCUGGACCGUUGGCGAGGCCGGUUCGGUCCCGGUACCGAGCAGGAGAACGACCUGGCAGCGAUGGCCCCGUUUGGAACCACCCGGUCUUCCGGCAUCCGGCCUACGCCCCGUUCGCGCACCAGCUAUCGGACUUCAUCCUUGAAGAGGAGCGUCCAAGCCAGCUUGCAGUCCUAG